UUUGACAAAUAAGCGUAAAUUAAGGACAAAAAUCCAAGAAGAAGGGCAGUGUGUGCAGAGCGGCUCCAGUUAGAGUGCCCCACCUGCGUUGUCCACUGAUAUGCCAUCUCAUUGGUCUUCUCACUGACGCAUGGGUCGGUGUAGAAUGUCUCUGCACAAAUAGUAUAUUAAACAAUCCCUUAAAUACUCUUAUCUCUACGCCUACAUCAAACCACUACAAAGCCCUUCCGACAACCUUCCAAUCCCUCCAAGAAUUUUCAGUACAAAGAUUUUCUCUUAUUCUUAGCUUUGUUCUUCAUCAACGCCUCGAUUCACGAACUGGGCCGUUCACAGGUUUUGGAUCAGAGCCACUGAUUGUUCUGAAAUUGGGUUGACUUUGGGGCCAAAAGGUUGCUUUUACUGAUUGAUAUCAUGGAUUCCCCACAAUCUGUUGUGUCACCAUUCAAAAGCUCCCCUGUCUCCAUUGAGCCAGAGAAGCAGAAAUCCGACCUUUUUGUCCGAAACCCUGGUUGCUUGUCUGGGGGAAUCGAAGUUCACAGAAAGGAAAGCGGCAUGGUGUGCAACAUGGAUGCCUUUGUUGGGUCUCUGGAGGUUUACAUACAUCAGGCGAGGGACAUCCACAACAUAUGCAUUUACCACAAGCAAGAUGUCUAUGCUAAGCUUUGCCUAACCAGUGAUCCCGAAAAUGCAGUCUCCACCAAAAUUAUUAAUGGUGGAGGGCAGAACCCAGUCUUCAAUGAUAAUCUCCGGCUCAGUGUCCGAACAACGGAAUCCUCUCUUAAAUGUGAGAUAUGGAUGCUGAGCAGGGUGAAGAAUUAUCUUGAGGAUCAGUUGCUAGGGUUUGCUUUGGUGCCUCUAUCAGAAGUACUGCUCAACAAUGGGAAGCUAGAGAAAGAGUUCUCUCUCUCCUCGACUGAUUUGUUCCAUUCCCCAGCUGGGUUUGUCCGGUUGUCUCUCUCCUAUAAUGGAGCUUCCCCAGAAGUAAUGGCAAUUCCUGCACUCCCAACAGCCUUGGCCACAAAUGAAGCUUCACAGGAUACUGAGAUAUCUGAGUCCAUGCCCAGUGAUUAUGAUGCCAUUGAGUUCCCAGAUCCAAAGAUUAUGAACGAAAACCAGUUGAUGGUUUCAGAGUAUUUUGGUAUCCCGUGUACAAAUUUAGACUCGCGGAGCUCUGAAGGGACUUUGGAUAAUGAUAGUCACCUUAGUUCAGAAAAACUAGGGGUUCAGGUUGUGGAAAGCUUCUCAGAGGGUACUAUUGAAUCCGUCCAACUUCCAAAGCUUGAUUCUCCCCCUAGUAGUGUAUCUACUAAUGGAUCUCCAUCUGCUUCUCUUCCUGCAAGCUCUGUGUCCUCUGAUGCUUCGGGGACUUCAAAAUCCCCAAAUGAAGAACAUGUUUCACCUCCAAAGGAGAAGAAUGCAGAUACUGGAGAUGGUGAGAGCGAUUCCUCAGGUGGUGCUCCAUGCAAUACAUUUGCAAAGCCUGCUGUGACCGUGAACAUUGAGCCAGAGCAAAAGAUGGUGCAACAGGAUAUUGUAGACAUGUACAUGAAAAGCAUGCAGCAAUUCACCGAGUCUCUGGCAAAGAUGAAACUCCCAAUGGACAUUGAAACUGAACCAACUAAUUCAGGAAACUCUAGCUCUGAUCAGAAACUACAAGCAGCUAAGAACAACAACAACAACAACAACAACUCCCGAGUGUUCUAUGGGAGUAGAGCUUUCUUCUGAGCUUUUGUUUGGCUGGUGGAGUGGAGGACACAGUGGUGACUUUUUAGAUUUUUAGAACCACGACUGAUAGUAGUAGUAGUAUUUAAGUGUAAUAAUGUAGUAGCAACCAGUGUGUGUGGUGUUCUCUUUUGUAUGUUGAGAUGUUUUAGCUGACGGGAAAUCAUGACUUGCAUGGGGUACAAGCUAUGUUCUGUUUCAACUGUUGUUGGUAUAUAUCAAAUUAUUCAGCUUA